GGCCUAUACUCACUUAACCGAGUGCGAAUGCAUUGAACAACCACUGGAAAAUCGCCUUCAUGUUGCAAUUUAGAGCAGUUUCUCGGUCAUAUUUUUCAACACAAGCUAUCAGAAGCUUUGCCGUCCCGAAUGCAGAUCCAAAACGGAAAAACUUGAUCGGAAUUACCUACCAGGAAUUACAGCUCGAGCUUGCCUCGAUCCCAGGGAUCAAAACCUAUACGGCCGACCAGAUAUGGUCCUUCAUGUACAAACAGGGUUACAGCGAUUUUGAUUUGAUGUCCAGUAUACCAAAGCAAUUAAGUGCCAAGCUCAAGGAGCAGUUUGUCAUUGAUUAUGGUGAAAUUAAGUUGGACAAGCUAUCUGCGGACGGCACACGCAAAUUUCUUGUUGGGUACGAUACGAAAACCAAUCCUUCGCAUGUCAUCGAGUCCGUCAUUAUUCCGGAACCCAAAAGAUCAACAUUGUGCCUCUCGUCACAGAUAGGGUGUUCGUUAGCAUGUACAUUCUGUCACACAGGAACUCAAAAAUUACAGCGAUCGUUGACGGCUGCAGAAGUGGUUGGACAAUACAUGAUCGCUGCCCAUUCUCAAAACGACUUUCCACUGGACUCCCUUCAAGUUGAAAGAAAGCGAAGUUUGACUAAUUUAGUAUUCAUGGGACAAGGAGAGCCACUGUAUAAUUGGAGAAACACUUCCAAAGCCGUCUCAAUUCUUACUCACACAAAUGGUCUGGCCAUCCCCAAGCCUAAAAUCACCAUCUCCACCUCUGGUGUGGCACCAUUAAUACCUAAAGUGGCAUCUGAUCUUGGUGUAUCCCUUGCCAUCUCCUUACAUGCUACAAGAAAUGCCACUCGCGACCAAAUUGUUCCCCUGAACAAGACCUAUCCUAUUGCUGUAGUUUUGGAUGCGUGCAAGCAAUACGUUCGAUUAUUGGGCAAACGAAGAAACAGAAUCACUUUUGAAUAUGUCAUGCUUCGAGGUGUGAACGACUCUGUGAUGGAGGCUCGCGAAUUAGUCAAAUUGCUGAAAGAGCUUCCUGCACAUGUAAACCUUAUACCUUGGAAUCCUUGGCCAGGCAGUGUGUAUGAGACCUCCACAUCGGAACAAAUAGAUCGCUUCGCUGCUGUUGUCAUGGAAGGGAAUGUUCCUUGCACUGUAAGAAGACCGAGAGGCCAAGAUAUCAUGGCUGCCUGUGGACAGUUGAAAAGCACUCAUGACAGUAAACGCCGGGCAAGUGACACACCAAUUUCUGCAGAGUAGUGCGCCAUCCAUAGUUUCAUUUGUAAAACCACAAUCAAUCAAUGCUUUUACAGCAAAAAUGUAUAUUGCACCCCAUUAAAAGUAGUUAUAUAAUCACGUGGACAGCCACUAAGCACGGCCCAACAAGUCGCAAUCAAGAUUUCUCCACUGCUUGGCUGGAUGAAUUUGGUAAAUGGUCUUGAUUUGGAUAGUUUGGAGUCCAAUGCGGAGAUUAGCUAUUGGAGGCCGUCAGCGAAAGAGCAGACCAUGUACAGCGCAGAGGCUCCGCUGUUCCGAUCC